CGCUUAGCGGUCCUGACAGGCGGGAGUUCUUUCCGGGGGGUUAUGGGAGGGCUUUGGUGUCCGCGAUGGGGGAUCGUCGCCUGGUGCGGCCGGUGCUGGAGCCAGCCUGGGUGGUGGGGCCGCACUGUGGAGAGUGCCGGGCGGGGACUUCUUAGGCCCGGCUGGGAUGGAGGCGCGGAGCGGGGACUGAGGCGGCUCGGGACGUGGAAGCGCCCGAGCGGGGCCCGGGGAGCCGCCGUGCAGCCGCCCCGGCGGCCGAGGAGCGGCAACCCUUCCCAGCGCGCGCAGGAGGACGAGUGGCGGCGGCGGAACAAGACGGUGCUCACCUACGUGGCCGCGGCCGCCGUGGGCAUGCUGGGGGCCUCCUACGCCGCCGUGCCCCUCUAUCGGCUCUACUGCCAGACUACAGGACUUGGAGGAUCAGCAGUGGCUGGGCACUCAUCAGACGAGAUUGAAAACAUGGUGCCUGUUAAGGAUCGAAUCAUUAAGGUCACCUUCAAUGCUGAUGUGCAUGCCAGUCUCCAGUGGAACUUCAGACCUCAGCAAACUGAGUUAUAUGUGGUACCAGGAGAGACUGCACUGGCAUUUUAUAAAGCGAAGAAUCCUACUGACAAACCAAUAAUUGGAAUUUCUACAUAUAAUGUUGUACCAUUUGAAGCUGGACAGUAUUUCAAUAAAAUACAGUGCUUCUGUUUUGAAGAACAAAGGCUUAAUCCACAAGAAGAAGUUGAUAUGCCAGUGUUUUUCUACAUUGAUCCUGAAUUUGCAGAAGAUCCAAGAAUGGUGAAUGUUGAUCUCAUCACUCUUUCUUACACUUUUUUUGAAGCAAAGGAAGGGCACAAGUUGCCAGUUCCAGGCUAUAAUUGAAGUAGCUUCCAAGACCUGCUUCAGAUUUGUGAUUUUUGGAAAAUCAUGUAUUGUUCUUUCUCAGAAGAGAAAUAUUCUACAGUAAUGUAUAUUGAAACCUUGUAUUUUAAAUGGUUCUAUUUCUUUCUUCCCAACUUCAUUUAUCCUAUUUAAGACUGAGAGAAUAGGUUCAAAGCUAAUGAAAAGAUGCUGCUAUCUUGUGAUGGUACUUAAGGGCAGGGAAUGAACAUUGCUCUGUUUUAAGUAAUAGAGAAGGAAUAUUACCAUGCCUCUGAAAAAUAUAUCCAAUGUACCACACGUGUGAUUAUUAAAAACAGCAUGAAGAGCCAGGGAGAUGAAUCACUGGUUAAAUUAUUUGCCCCAUAGGCCCGACAACUUGAGUUCUGGUUCCUGGAUCCAGCCUUAAAAGAGUAAAUGCAGUAGCUCAUAUCUGUAAUCCCAGAGUCCUUAAAGUGAGAUGAGAGGUUGAGCUGGGAAACUCUCCUGGCUUUUAUAUGCAUGCUGUGGCUGCCCACACACACACCAACUGCUUUAGUAGUUCAGUUUAAUUCUGUAGUUGCCUUCACACUUGUAACAAUGCAUCUGAAAACUUAGGAAAUGUGCACAAGUGGUUUGUUUUAGUUCACAGAACUUAUCACCAAGCAAGGUGGCUGCUGUUUUCCUUCAGUAUAAACUGACACUGUUUAAAAAUUGUUUUAUUUUGUGAGUAUGCGGGGAAAGAAAGUGGCAUCCAUGCUGCAGCACGUAUAUGCUGGUCAGUGGACACACUGUGGGAGACGGCUUUCUUUCACCAUGUGGCUUUUCAGGAAUCAAGGUUGUCAGACAAGGCAGUGAAUGCCUUUACCUACUGAGCUGUUUUUGGCCGAACUGACAGUUUAAAAAACUUAAAGUGGAAGAAGAAUCGCUCAGCUCUGACAGCCUGCUCCAAGUUCGCAUUCUUAAUUCAAAGGUGGCUUUUUCUGUUGAGAUUGAGGGCUAUUUUAUUCAAAGUAUUGUAUAGCCAGUGACUUGGAAAUGAUGGUAUAAUGAUCUAAUAGAAUUACACCUGCUAGUCUAUGCUAGCAUUUAUUGUUACAAUUUCAAGUUCAUUAAUGUAUGAUGUAAGGAUGAAAUUGUGAAGACUUACUGACAUAAAAGCUCCUUGAGGUCAAAACAAAACAAAAACAAAAACACAACUCUCUUAAAUUAAUAGUAAUUUAAUUUUAAGUAAAUGAUACAGUUUUGUUUUCCAGUAGUAUUUAUUUCAAAUCAAAGUGUAAAUUAUAGUUAAAGGCAAGAAAGUUUAUCUUUAUAAAGGCCACCUGAUGCAGUGGCCUGCUCAGGCACUUGAAAUAUAAUUAAACGAGUCAUCAAGUUUAAACCAAAGUGUCAUUUAUAAACAAGUGCAAACUGACUUCUACAUUCAAAUUCAGUUAAAUGAAGGCACUCAUUUUCCUCCUCACUUCCUGCCCCAUCUGUUCACAAUGUUUUGUAGUAGGACGAUCUUCAAGUACCCUUGUAGGUCUGUGAUGAUUUCUAUUGGUAGGAAUGCCUCCGCAGCAUAAGAGUCUACAAUUUAACCAGUUGGCCUAGUACCAGGCAGUUCCUUCUGCUGAAGGUGUAAUUGUUAUAGCCAGUUUCUCCUGAAAUCCUGAGCCACUGUCAGGAACAGCAGUGUUAGCUGGAAAAUGUUAACUAUUCUGUUGAAGCUUCAUCACAGCAGAGAAGUGGUCCACUGUGGCUUUCCCUGUUGGCAGGUCUUGUCUUUCAGGCCUUUGUUGAGCAGGGACUACUUUAGAGAGUUGGCCUUUUGUGCUGCUAAUGAGCUGAUCAUGCAUCUGGAAUAAAGGGAAGACAUUGACCCAUUUCCUGCACUCCUUGAAAGACUUGAAAGCCACACAAUUAAGCAGAGGAAAGAUUGGAAUGCACUUCUUCCAUGGUUGGAGUUGUGAAGGGAAUAAAAAGGGAAUAGGUCAAUGGAGACCAGGCAUUCAGUAGUGUAUAAACAGGAUAACUGGUGCAGGAGCACUAAUGAAUUCUGUUCGUACAACUAACAGGUAUGGAUUGCACACUGAAACCGUAAGAGUAGUAUUAAAAUGACAAGAAAUUUUAUUGAUAUCUGCUUUGUUAGUAUUAAUACUUAUAUACCCAGAACCAACUUUUAUAUUUCUGUGCCUCAUUUCUAGUUGAUAUGAUCAUGGAGAUUAUAUGUCAUUAAUGAGCACUGGUCAGUGUUGAGUAAUUCAGAGGAACUUGGUAUUGUACCAAAAUAAGUGUCAGACUUAAAUGGUGCUUGUAGAAUUUAAUGCAAAAUGUGAUAAUUUCACUUAAUUAUAUGGAAUCUAAGUUGUAUAAACUGGUGGGUUUUGUUUUGUUUUGUUUUUUGUUUUUUACCUUAGCAGUCACUAUGACUUUGAGUUCCUUUGUGGUGGUAAGCAUCAAUUUCUUCAUAAACAGCUCUGAAACAAAGCCACCAAGGCAGAAGAAUUACACAUCAGUUUCAAAGUACUAUAUUACCACCACCAGAAUUAAAAAUACAGGCUGUUGGGGGUAUCAGGAAUCUUAAGUGAAUACAAAGAAAGAUCUUUAUCCUUGAGCUUAUUCUAACAUACAACAUCUAAUGUUACGAGUUCUUUCCCAUGCCUGUUAAAGGCCAAUUUAUUUUUACUUUUGAUUUAAAAGGAAAACUAUGGUUCAAAUUUGGG